AUGAGGCUGAAGAUCAACGACAACCCGAACAAGGAGUUGGGAGAGGCCCUGCUGGAGUCCGGCCCUCUUGCAGCGGGUGCUUUGCCCGGUGUUGGUGGAGCGAGCGAAGCCGGAAGCAGGGCGGUGCUCGAGGACAAGAUGGAGGAAAUCCUUAAAGAGGCCGGCGACGCACGCAAGUUCAGCAUAUCUUUGGCCCACCUCGAAUACAGCGACGACCUGGUAACCCAAAUGAAGAAGCACAGUGUCAAACUCGAGACCAUCUAUGCCAAACUCCAGGAUUUGCGGAAACGUGGUGUGAAAAACAACGCGAGCUAUGAGAAGUUCUACGGCAUCUACGAGGCUAUGAGCCAGUGGUACAAAAGAACCGUGGCCGCCAAAGCCCUGCAGUCGGGACUCAAGAAGAAGAAGUCAAAAAAAAACAAGAAGGGUGAGAAAGACACCCCAGCCAAGA